AUGGAAUGGCAGCCUAAUCCCGAUGCACAAAGUGAGACGAACAGCCCGCGAACCUGCCAUGAGCCCUUGACAUCGCUACACGACCAGCUCGACCCGGAUACAUGUCCCACCAGCAACUUAGCCUCCUGUCUCCGGCCAGAGUCAAUCAUGGCUGGAGCGCGGCGAAACACACAAAGAGAGGAAGCAUCCGUGAUCGCCACCCCAUCUAGCUUUACCAAGGAUUCGGUCUCCUUGUACCCUGCCUUGUCUUGGCGGCCCGAUAUCACUGGCACCGCGGCGGCACACCACAACGACCACGAUAGCAUGAGGAUGUGGCCAGACCUUGGCUACCCACUCUUUCCGGAAGCCUUUCGCAGUGGCGCACCGGGCGUACCGCCACGGCUUCCAUCAAAGGAAGCGCAUAAAAAUGCAGUGAAGCAGGCAGCUGUUUUGCCGCAUCCAUCGUCUGCGCCGAUACUUCUCUCGUCCAUCGGAACAUCCCACUCAACUUUGCAGAAGGGCUGUGUGGCGUCAUCACCCGCCGACACAUGGCAGGGUGUAGCGUCGAAAGACGUGCUUUCGUUUUCAUCCUCGUCGCUCAUGUCGGCCGUUCCAUCGCAGCUCAAUCAGUUGCACGGCGCGGGGUUGAUACGGUGCCACUCGGCUCCAGCGCUGCAUAAGGUGGCAAGCGGGCAUAAGGCGCUGGUGCCCAGCUCAUCACCGGAGGAGGAAGUGAGCCGGCCUCGGUCUGCAGUGGUGAGCGUAGCUGCUUUAACUUUUGCAUGCCCCACGGCACGCCUUUAUGACGAGUCUUUUUCUACCCAGCCCCCGCAUGGCGCGAAUCUCGCGUCCAGCUCUGGGCCACGUGCGUCGUGCUUGAGAGCGCCCACGAGCGUUUCAGGUUCGAUGCUGGAGGAGGUAGCGGCUUUGACCUUAGCUGGCGUUGGCUCGCGCGAGUUCUCGUUCCGCUCCCCGAACAGCUCGAUUGUCACUUUCAUCGACCACGAGCUCGACAUCAGUACAACGGACUCGGGUGUCUUCCACGCCGGUGACGGCCUCCACGACGCGUCGGAAGCAGAAAGCCUCCUCGAGAACGAAGGUGGGCGGCGGUACAGCGGGACAAAGCGCUACCUGCGUACCGGCACGCGCUCACCUCUCUCGUCCGGCGCACAUUUGAGGCCAUUGAUGUCAAGAUCGACUAUGCGACAUAGGCGCCUGUCGACGGUUGUGACUUCAGUGCCGCAGCCUGCACAUCUCACAUCUGAAUACGCUGCCGCUGUUCAAGCAGCGGCUAAGCAUGGUCGCAGCCUGCGUCAGAUCUUGGCAAGAUGCGGCGACGCCGAUGACGCCUUGCGAGACUCUGGGGAGGCACUGAGCGAACUAUAA